GCGGCCGGAGGGUCAGAUUGGACCCACCAGGCGGAAACCCGCCCCUGGAGUUCCGGCUAGCGCAGCCCCGGCAGGAGUGGCAGCAUGGAGGAGGCGCCCCACGGCUGCCCCGGGGCCGACAGCGCCCAGGCGGGCCGAGAAGCCUCGUGCCAGGGAUGCCCCAACCAGAGACUGUGUGCGUCGGGCGCCGGCGCCGCACCAGACCCGGCUGUGGAGGAAAUCAAGGAGAAAAUGAAGACGGUGAAACACAGAAUCUUGGUGCUGUCUGGGAAAGGUGGCGUUGGGAAAAGCACGUUCAGUGCCCACCUCGCCCACGGCCUGGCAGAAGAUGGAGACAUGCAGGUCGCCCUUCUGGACAUCGAUAUCUGUGGGCCGUCCAUUCCCAAGAUCAUGGGCUUGGAAGGAGAGCAGGUUCACCAGAGUGGCUCCGGAUGGUCUCCAGUGUACGUGGAGGACAACCUGGGGGUGAUGUCUGUGGGUUUCCUGCUCAGCAGCCCUGAUGAUGCUGUCAUCUGGAGGGGACCAAAGAAAAAUGGCAUGAUCAAGCAGUUCCUCCGUGAUGUAGACUGGGGAGAUGUCGACUACCUCAUUGUAGACACCCCACCUGGCACAUCCGAUGAACAUCUCUCUGUUGUCCAGUAUCUGGCUGCGGCACACAUUGAUGGAGCGGUGAUCCUCACCACCCCUCAGGAGGUGGCCCUCCAGGAUGUCCGGAAAGAGAUAAACUUCUGCCACAAGGUGAAGCUGCCCAUUAUUGGUGUGGUGGAGAACAUGAGUGGCUUCAUUUGCCCCAAGUGCAAGAAAGAGUCUCAGAUCUUUCCUCCUACAACUGGGGGUGCAGAGGCCAUGUGCCAGGACCUGAAGAUCCCUCUUCUGGGCAGAGUGCCGCUGGAUCCACUCAUCGGUAAGAGCUGUGACAAAGGGCAGUCUUUCUUUGUUGAAGCCCCAGAUUCACCAGCCACAGCAGCCUUCCGAAGUAUCAUUCACAGAAUCCGAGAGUUUUGUGGUUCUCGUCAGUCACAUAAUGAGAACCUCAUCAGUCCCUGAAGGGGACAGGACCUACAGGCACGUGUCCAGCCACACCUGGACCAGCGGGGGACAGGUGGGGCCGUGGCCAGCAGGUGCUGACGGGAUUUGAAGUCACUCCUUAAGACUUUAAUCACCCGUCUGCCUGCCUGCUUCCUCCAGAUCAAAGGUAUAGGUACUCUGCACACAGGUGCCAUUCACCAUAAAAUAAAACUGUCUCCUUGAACCUGUCCCUUAGGGGCUGCUUUCUGGAGUCCAAGGGAUUGGCAACUUUCUGGGUCACAGGACUCCCGGGAGCUCUUUCUGCCUCAAGUCUAAACCUAGGGAGGGAUGGAGGGAGGCCUGUGACUCCCUCAGGUGGAUGGAAGGGGUCUCCAGCUCUUGGGUCAUGCUUUGGCUAAGAGCCAUCAACCCCCUCUCCCUAGAAGAGCCCAUAAGUCACCCACAGUGGGUACCCUCAGGACAUCUAGUAAUUCCCAGGGGCCCAGGCAAACUAUUUUCUGGUGCUUCUGAGAGACUGGUGUAACUCUCCUCAUGACCUGGACUGAGACAUAGGAACUGAGAGCUGCUGAGGGAAGUCAUUCCAGACUUCCACACCACUGUGGUGUGACAGAAGAAGGUGGCCACCCCCUCCCCUGUCCUCUCCUUCCCCUUUACACGUGUACUCUUGGAAUGUGCUGGGGUCUCUGUGGGGAAGAUGUGACCUUUCUGAAGGUCAGUAGUUCUGGACAGGCCUAAACUUCGGGGCUCCAGCUUGGACUUGCUCCAGGUCAGCUUGGAGGACUGAGGAGAGUCCCCAUAGACCUCCGGCACAGCUGCCCAGGGGCUGCAUGUCCCACAAGUGCCCAGGCCUCAGGCCUGCAUCCAUUGCUCACCUAACGCUGGUGGAUGUCCAGUCCUUCAAGCCUAGGCUUCUGAACGUCACCUGGGGAUGCCUGCAAGGCAAGAAGAGCCAUGACUAACUGCCCCAGUGAAGAGCAGCUGACUGACAGAGGGCCAUUGCCACAAGCAGCAGCAUUGAGACCAUUGCACCCUGAACCUGUCGGACCAAAAACUCCAGCAUCCCUCCCUUCCAGAAAUAGUCCUAAGGCUGGAGAGAUGGCUCAGCAGUUAGGAGCACUGGCUGCUCUUCCA